AUGAGUGGCAAGUCAUUACUUGGGCUAAAGAGGCACCGCAACAGAAAUUGUGAUACGAAUUCAAUACGUUCAUGGUCCAAUACGGUAAAUUUUGAUACUUAUACGUAUAUUGAUGGUAGAAAAUAUCAUAAUAAUACAAACAAUACUUCAACGUACGUUUUACCGAGCGAUUCUUUUGAAAUUAGAAGAGCUGAUGUCGCACAUGAACUUUAUAAACAGCAUUGGGGAAGUAACUUUUCUUCUCCUGUAAUGGAGAAAUUAAAUUCUUCCAAAGGUGCAAAAGUGUUGGACUGCGGUUGCGGCUCAGGGAGAUGGUCAUAUGAAAUGGCAGUUAAAUAUCCAAAUUCAACAUUUGUGGGAUUAGAUAUGGUACCAGUUUUUUCAUGUAAUGAUAAUGAAGACAAACCAUUAAACCUUGGUUUUCUUGAAUACAACAUAUGUAAUGGAUUACCUUUUCAGGAUUCAACUUUUGAUUUUAUAUUUCAAAGGUCAAUGACGAUAGCACUAAAUAAAUCUCAAUGGAAUGCUAUGUUAAAUGAAUUCGCCAGAGCUAUAAAACCUGGUGGCUGGCUGGAAUUAAUGGAAUUACAAGUUAAUGAAAAUAAUUUAACUAAAACCGCCAGGAAAUUUCAAAACGCUCUCAAUAAAUAUAAUAAAGCAAAAAACCAUUAUCUUUGUCACGAUUUUCCGUUUCAUGAUUUAUUAAAGUCAACGAACAAAUUUACUUCAAUAAAAGUAAUUGAGAAGAAAGUUGCCGUGGGUAAAUGGGGAAAUGAAUUUGGGUUAGAGGUGGCCGACGUAUUAAUUGAAGUAUAUAGAAGCAUAAAACCAAAGGUAAAAAGAAUAAUGAACGUUACGGAUUCGGAAUAUGAUGAAUUACUACAAAAACUUUAUUCCGAAGUAAGAAGUACAAGUAAUAAUUACAUGUAUAUCACUACCGCUAAGGCUAUCGCCAGGAGAUUAUGA